UUGGCGAGUGAGUUGCAAAAAAAAAAAAAAAAAAACAUUAUGUGUGUCACUAAAAAUCCCAACAGCAAAGUGUUGGAGGCUUUGCAGAACCUGCCGAGAGUAUGUUUAUCAAACUUGCGUCCGGAACCAGGAUCCACAAAGUGUGAGAAACGGAGGGGCAGAGGCCAGCACGGCGGCAACUCCAGCGGCCGAGGUACAAAAGGACAGGGGCAGAAGGGGACCAGACCCCGGCUUGGCUUCGAAGGGGGGCAGACUCCCUUUUAUUUGGUCAUUCCAAAAUACGGCUUCAAUGCAGGACACAGUCGGCGUCCCCAGUACCACCCUCUGACUCUGAAACGGCUUCAGUAUCUGAUCGAUUUGGGCCGAGUGGACACAAKCCAGCCCAUAGACCUGACCCAGCUUGUCAAUGCCAGAGGAGUGACAAUCCAGCCUUUGAAGAGGGACUAUGGAAUCCAGCUGGUUGAUGAGGGAGCUGACAUUUUUAAAGCAAAAAUCAACAUUGAAGUUCAGAGAGCAACUGAAGGAGCCAUAGCUGCUAUUGAACGGAACGGAGGCACCAUCAUAAACAGUUUCUAUGAUCCCAUAAGUCUUGGGAUCCUCGCCAAACCCGUCUCAUUCUUUUUGAGGGGAAUCCCGAUCCCGAAGCGAAUGCUGCCAGGYGAGAGCAUGGUCCCGUACUACACGAGUGCUGAAAACCGAGGUUACUUAGCAGAUCCGGAAGAAAUCCAAAAGGCCCGGCGUGCCCUGGCUCAGAAGUACGGCUAUGUGUUGCCAGACAUUUCAAAGGAUGAGCUGCAUCACAUGUUGGCCACGAGAAAGGAUGUCCGACAGAUUUUCUUUGGCCUCUCCCCAGGCUGGCUUGUUAACAUGUCGGAGAAGAAGAUUUUGAAACCGACUGAUGAGAAGCUGUUGAAAUAUUACAGUUCAUAGGUGCUGGGAGAGAAUUUCUGUUUGUGGGUGUACGUUUUGCGUGUUAAAUUGUUAUUUUAUACGCUAAAACAGCACUGUUAAACCUUAUCUUAAAAAUAAAUUCAUUUAUCACUCAUUUUCCCCUCAUUAGUGGCUCUGAGCAAGCGGGCUCMUACGGUCUCGUGUCCGAGCGCAAGCGGCCCGUGCUGCUAGAUGGAAGGAACAUGAACUGUAACAGGUGAGGGGGAAAUGAGGAAAAUAAGAUAACUCAAAGAAUGAAAACAGGAAACAGAUGCCUGGCGAUGUGUGUUACUUGUGACAUGGUUUGCUUUCAGCCCUAGAAGGGGAGUUUGAAAUUAGUCAUCGGCAGCUGUAUCCUGGUGUGGACAUUCAAAAGAUCCACACACACACACACACACACACACUCAUACAGUACAGUCACAAGCCAACUCCAUCGUAUCACUUCACCCUGUUAUGCUUUGUGUCAUUUGUCACAGUCUUUUUUUUUUUCAACAUGAUCAAAAACAUUGAUAAAUUACAGAUUGAUAAUUAGUGUAUGCGGUUUUUAUAAUGUUUGGGAUUUUUAAAAUAAAAGUUAAUGAUAUUGUCUAAAA